AUGGACGAGGAUGAGGAGGACGACGAGUAUGGUGUGGACGAGGACGACGAGGAAGGCGUGGACGAGGAUGACGAGGACAACGAGGAAGGCUUGGACGAGGAUGACGAGGACGUCGAGGAAGGCUUGGACGAGGAUGACGAGGACGGCGAGGAAGGCGUGGACGAGGACGGCGACGAGGGAGAUGACGAGGACGAGGAGGAGACCGCUAUCCUGGAGUCCAUCCAAGAUGAGGCGUAUGUGGAGUCCAACCGGCGCUUCCUCUGGGAAGAGCAGGCGAAGACCGAUGUGCUCUUCGAUGAGCUGGAUGCGGAGCAGGAGGCGGAGGUCAACGACGUCGAUGUCAGAAUGGAGAUAGUGGACAUCUCCGACGACGGGGAGUAG